AUGAAGUUUGUUUCAUCUGCUGAGACAGAACCAACCAGCACGACAACAAUUUCUGAGGAUUCAAAGUCAGGUCGAGGGGGGAAAGGAUGUGGCCCUGCACAUACUGAGAUGCAGUCCUACAUUGGUGUGUUGGCACGCUCCAGAGUCCCACUUGUGGACAAGAAAUGGGCUGAAAUCCCCAAGGAUAUAAAGGAGCAGAUUUGGGAAGCCGUUGACAUGGCUUUUGUGGUAGGUCAAGGGGGCAAGACCUCGUGUUAUCUUCUGCUGCCAAGAAAUGGAAGGAUUUCAAGUCUACACUGA